UUGCUGUUGCGAUUGCCGCCACAAAUCGAGUGGCGGUUAAAAAAAGCAGAGGAAAAGAAAGGGAAUCCUACCCUCCGUCGCAGCGAUGAGAGGCUCCGGUCUGUGCAGGCAGCUGAGCAAACCUGCAGUUUGCAAGACGAUGGCGGUGCGGCCGAUCCCUUCGCCGCCCACCGUCUCCGUUUGCACCCCUCUCCUCUCCCUGCCGCCGAUUUCUCGGAAGCCGCUGGCCUUCUCAUCCUGCAGCAGCUGCAGAGCACGUCGCGGCGCCCGAUGCUCCGCCGCAGACAAGCGCUCCCCUUCCGCCGGUCCGGGCAACGAGGUAAGUGGCGGCAGCGGCAGCAGCAGCAGCUCCAUCGCCAAGAUACGGAGCGAGGUGCUAUCCCCGUUCCGGUCGCUGCGGAUGUUCUUCUACCUGGCGUUCAUGGCGAGCGCGGGGCUGGGUAGCCUCAUCGCGCUGACGCAGCUGAUCCCGGCGCUGGGGAACCCCGCGAGGGCGGCGGGCGCCGCGGAGACGCUCAAGGGCCUGGGCAUCGACGUCGCGGCGGUGUCGGUCUUCGCGUUCCUCUACUCGCGCGACCGGAAGGCCAGCGACGCGCAGGUGGCCAGGCUGACGCGGGAGGAGAACCUGUCCAGGCUGAAGAUGCGCGUCGGCGACAGGGUCGUGCCGGUGGCGGUGAGCGAGCUGAGGGGCAGCGCGCGGCUCGUCAUCGUCGCUGGCCCCGCCGAGUUCGUCGCCGAGUCGUUCCGGCGGAGCAAGCCGUUCCUCAAGGACCUCAUGGAGAGGGGCGUGCUGGUGCUGCCCUUCCCGACGGACGGGAACACGCCGGCGCUGGAGUUCGACGAUAGCGACGACAUAGAGCAGGAGGACGAUGCGGAGAUCAGGAAGAAGAGCAGGAGGCUCUGGCAGCUCACGCCGGUUCUUACCGCCGAAUGGGCCAAAUGGUUGGAUGACCAGAAGAAGCUGGCCAAUGUGACGCCUGAUUCCCCUGUGUACCUGUCGCUGAGGUUGGACGGGCGCGUCCGGGGCAGCGGCGUCGGCUACCCUCCAUGGCAAGCGUUCGUGGCGCAGUUGCCGCCGGUGAAAGGGAUGUGGACAGGUCUUUUUGAUGGAUUUGACGGCAGAGUGUAGUUUUGCAGGGUUCUUCUCUUCUUUCUGAACCAGGACUAGUUUUGUUGCAAGUUUGCGAACUAGACCUGCAGUAGUAUUAUGUAAGCAGGCAAAGUGCAUAUCUGAAUUGAGUAA